GUGCGGGCUCUCGCCGGGCGACGGCGGCGGCAGCGGCUCGGAGCGCCCCUCGCCCGAGGCCAAGGGGAGGGGCAAGGGGCAGGGCAAGGCGAAGGGCCCGCCGAUGCCCGCGCCGCCGGCGCCCCCUCGGGCGUCGUCGAAGGCGCCGCACGGCGCGUCGCCGCCCCCUCGGGCGGCCUCGAAGGGCGCGGGGCCCAAGGGCGGCGGCAAGGGCCCCGCGCCGCGCAGGCCCGACGUGGAGCCCGGCGUUGCGAUGAAGCGCCUGUUCUGGAGCUCAUCGCGGUGGGCGGAUUCAUCCUGGACGGCGCGGCGCUAGCGGAGCGCCGAUCGACCGUGUGGGGCGCCAUAGAAGACGAGUGUGUGGAGGGGUUCGACGCCUCCGAGCUGGAGCGCCUGUUCUGCGAGAGGCACCCGACCAAGGCGCGCGGUGCGGGCGCCAGCGCUGACGGCCAGUCGGGGCCCUCGCCCGCGAGGCCGCGGCUGCAGGUGCUGGAGGAGUCGAGGCGGCGGCAGGUGUGCAUCAUGCUGGCCCGUCUCCCGCCAGUCGAGGCCACCGUGGAGGCGGUGACCGACAUGGACGACGCGGCGCUCAGCAGGGACCAGGUGGAGCUGCUGUUGGUGGCCGCGCCCUCCCAGGAGGAGCUUGCGUCCCUCCACGGGGCCGCCGCGCAGCUGUCCGCGGGGGGCGCGGAGGAGCCGCCCCGCUGGGACGACGCGGAGGCGUUCGUGCUGCGGCUGGGCGCGGUGCCGUCGUUCGCGCUGCGCCUGCAGGUCUGGGCCUUCGAGAACGCCUUUGACGAGCGCUGCGGCGCGCUCCGCGCGGCUGCGGACGACAUCGUGCAGGCCUGCGCCGGCCUGCGCUCCUCCCGACAGGUGCGGAGGCUGCUCGCGCUGUCGCUCGAGGUCGGCAACUACCUGAAUGCGGGCACGCCGAGGGGCCGGGCGGAUGGCUUCUCCGUCGAUCUGGACAGAUGCGAACUGUAA